AUGGACAAUGGUUGGUUGGACGGCCUACUCCACCUUCAAGAUGGAUUUGCUUACUCCGUCUUCCGUCCUCCGUACGGCGAAGUGUCCCCAAUUAAAGCUGCAGAUGUCACAAAUGGACAUCAUGGCCAAUCUGGGACGGAGAAGGCCAAAGCGGAUUUUAAGGAUGUUACUCCGUAUGACAUGGAGUACGGGACAUGA